AUGAGUCUACAACGACAAAUUACCUCAUCACAAUGCAGGCCAAGUAUAGGAGGUAUUGGAGGAAUGGGAACAGCAAUUCCAAAGGGAGUUGGUGCUCCUCCGCCACCGGGAAUGGAUCCUAGGCGAGGAAAGUUAAUGUGCAUCAAGGUGCGUAUGCUCGACGAUACAGUUGGAGUUUUCCAUCUUGGGCACAAGGCAAAUGGGCAAGCGUUGUUCGAUGAAGUGUGCAGGCAUCUCAAUCUUCUCGAAUGCGAUUAUUUCGGCCUUGAAUUCACCGACUGUUUUGGCAAUAGGUGUUGGUUGGAUAAGGAGAAAGCUAUUCUUCGUCAAAUAACGUCAACGCGAAGUAAUGCGCGCUUUUAUUUUAUCGUAAAAUUUUAUACACCAAAUCCAGCAGAUUUAGAAGAAGAAUAUACAAGGUACUUAUUCGCACUUCAAAUCAAGCGUGAUCUGGCAUCAGGUGAAUUGUUAUGUAAUGAGAAUACAGCCGCACUCCUAGCUUCAUAUAUCGUUCAGUCGGAUUGUGGGGAUUUUUCAUCAGAGGACUAUCCCGACCAUACCUAUCUCUCUAGUGCUCACUUCAUUCCCAAUCAAAAUACCGACUUUCAACAAAAAGUUAUGGAAAAUCAUUCAAAAAUUAUUGGAAUGAGUCCCGGAGAGAGCGAUAUGGCUUUUCUGGAGACGGCCAGGCGGUGCGAUUUUUACGGUGUCAAAUUGCAUCCCGCUAAGGAUGUCGAAGGUACAGAUGUUAGCCUUACAGUAGCUCAUAUGGGUAUACGGGUUUUUCAUCUUCUUCAAUGUGUUUCCACAUUUUCUUGGGCUAAAAUUCGCAAAUUAUCAUUCAAACGCCGAAAACUCCUUAUCAAACUUCAUCCCGAAAGCUAUCAAUAUUAUAAAGAGACCAUUGAAUUUUCGUUCGAUGGGCGAAAUGAGUGUAAGAAUUUUUGGAAAAAAUGCGUCGAACAUCAUGCUUUCUUCAGAUGUAUAGAAAUUGUUUCAAGAAAGAAGGGCAAAGAAGGGCGAUUCUUUAGUAAAGGAUCUUCAUUCAGGUGUGAUGGUAUUGUAAGGUACCAUGGAAGAACUCAAAAACAACUUAUUGAUUAUGUUAGAGAACAUCGUAAAAGACGGGAACCAUUCACCAGGCCCUUAAAACCAAGUUUAUCUUCAAGAAGUGAUCGCUUUUCUCGUCCGCCAUUUUUCGAUAUCAACACUGGCUAUUCAGUAGUUGGUGAUCGUUUACUUAAUACAUCUCGCGAACCUCGUCCAGUAUUUCCAUCAACUUCAGAUGGUAAUUCAGUCGCUUCAAUUCAGCGUGUAAAUGGUCAUCAAGCAAUGGAUGGAACAGGUAGCAUACGGAUAGAUUAUCAUCCUCGUAUAAUCCAUACUCAUUCACAACCGAAUACCGCUCGUUCACAGCGUAAUCGACCAUCAGAUUCCUAUCGAAAUGGUACGUAUUCAGAUGGUGAACGCAUGUGCACGAGUGAUAUGGAAUCUAGCACUUAUCGUAUUGUAAAUAAUUCAUCGCGUUACAGACCGAUUUCUAAGCCUAUUGCUGGAAAAAAUCCUCCCGCUAGCGAAAAUGCACAGUCGGAUGCACUUACUUCCUUAUCACUGCCCAAUGUUCUUGGUGAUGAUGUGCAGUUGGUUUGUAGAGAGUUCGAGCUUAAAUGUGAAUGCCCACCAAAGUCCGCUUCAGGUGAUAAUUUUCUUGAGAUGCAUCAAACAACCCGCGAUUACGAUAAUAUUAGCGAAGGCUCAUAUCGACUUUCCGACUAUGAACAAUAUUCAACAUAUUCUGACGUGCCAUUCCUUUAUAAUCCUGUCUAUUCUACGACAUUUACUACGAAGCGAGUUGGUGACGUCAUUGUUAAAAAGGUUAUCAGCAGUAAUAGUCGUUCAACUUUUAGCAAUGCAGAUGAUGAAAGUUGUAAGGUAAAGGGUAGAAUCAAGCAACUGGAUACGAAAACUGUUGAUAAUCUUCGAGAAAAUAUCGGUGAAAUCUGUCGUAAUGUCGAUUGUUUUCCAGGUAUUAUAAAAGGUCAUGAAAGUUAUAAUGUAAGAAAAAUCGCGCAAGAUAAACAGUCAUCAGCAAGUUCAUCAGCUCCUUCAUCACUUGUUGAAUACCCAUUACAUCGUAAGUUAGUGCCUAUUGAAAUAGAUGGUCCUAAUAUAAAACUUGAUGAAUACAAAAAUAGGAUACGAAAAAAUGAUGAAAAAAAUAUUGGAAAGAAGGAAGAUGCAGAAAAUCAUGCGGCUAAAAGGCCUCCGUCCAUAAUAUAUACUUCAAAAGGUGUUAUUUUACAAAAACCGAAAGUGAUUCCGGAUGUUGAUACUUAUCGUGUUAGUGAAUCUAUUUAUAGCCAAAUAAAUGUGACGCAGUCAUCAGCAAGUGCGCAAAAUAGCACUGUAAUUACGCAGCCUCAGGCAAUACCUAAAACCUAUGGGGCCAUAGGUCCUCUCCCAGGCAAGGUGAUAACAAAGGAGGAUCUAAUGAUCACUCCAGAUGGCAUUCGAGAAAAGCGCGUUAAGCCUAUUGUUCCUCCUAAACCAAAAAAUCUUUGCAGUCCAUCGGGAAAUGUGGAAGAAAUAUCAGAAUUAAAAGACAUUCCUCCACAUCCUAUUGUGAACCUUCAAAAGGAGGAAUUCACUUUGAUACAGAGACCAAAAACUGAUGAAGCUAUCUUACAACGUCCAACGUUAAUUUCAGUUCAAAGUGAGGAUGAACCAGAGAUCCAAAAAUAUCAUUUAUUUAAUAGUGAUAUUCCUUACGUAUUAACAAUGCGAAAUAUUUCCACUGAUCCAACUGAUUCUUCAUUCUCAACAUUUAAAGAUCCCACUGAAAUAACGGCAUUACCAAAUUCAUUUGGGCAUACUGGUAGUCUUGUGCGAAAUCGAAAGCAAACAAAAAGUCCAGAAAUGUCUAAACGGCGAAAAUCUUUGGAUUUGGUGCCGCGAAAGCGUCUUCCCUCACCAGGCAAUUAUUCAUCCCAAGAUCAUUCAAUAUCGCCAACGACACCUGAAUCUGGUGAUAUUCUUGAAUAUUUGCUGAAAAGACGAAGUCAAGAAAAAACUGCAAUAGUGAAGAAAGGAAGGCGAGGUGAUCCUAGGCGUCAAACACAACCUGUUCGUUUCAAUUUACCUCCAAGUCCAGAGAUAGAAAAUCAAAAAAUAGCAUCAUUAUCACAGCCAAAUUUGAAUGGGAACGAUGUUAUGGAUAUAGAGGAAGAAAUUAUCGAAAAUUUUGUUGAAGAGGAUACUAAAAAAAUUGAAGAUGAUCAACGUAGUUGUGGAGAAUAUGAUAAUGUAUCGCCGAAGUUUAUCCAAGCCGAUGAAGCCGAUGAUAAGAGUGUUGAACAAAACUGCUAUAACACGCUGAAAACUGAGGUUAAUGAAAUCGAAUCGUUAAAUGGUGACGAUUUUCCACCGCCACCACCACCACCUCCUCUUCUACCAGAAAUUACAAUAGAACAAAUAAAUUCUUCAACCAUUUUACCUGAAUCAGUCAGAUCUUCUGGUGUGAUUCAAGAUACAACUGAUUUGCUUCCUUUUGUCGACGAUUCAUUAUCUUCGAAAACAUCUCAGGCUUCGAAAGAAGAUGGUGAUGAGUCGAAAGACCAUGUUACAUCUUCAUCAACAUUGCGUACACCAACCGGCGUACUCUGGACUGAUUUUUAA